AUGUUCCGAAUCCUCGAGUCGCAAGCUCCGGCCAAACAAACGGCUACGGACACAAUUGAGAUAUUGAGCAGUAGACUACAGAGUGCUACAUUGUUGGAAGAUCGUCGGGCAGCAAUCCAAGGUCUCAGAAGCUUUGCAAAACUCUACCCAGCAUCAGUCGCUUCUGGUGGUCUGCGAUCAUUGAUUAGCAGUUUACGCAAUGAUGGUGAGGAUGUGGACACCAUCAAAGUGGUCCUCGAGACCCUUUUGAUGCUCUUCACACCUGAUGAAUCUAGUCCCGAAGCAUCGGAUGAAAUAGCUCUGUGGCUCGCAGAUGAAUUUACUCAGCGACAAGAUAAUAUAACAACCCUACUCGACCUUCUCGAAGCCCGAGACUUCUACUCCCGUCUCUAUUCACUUCAAUUGAUUUCCCACAUUUGCAGUGCACGACCAGAACGAACACAAGAAUGUAUUUUCACAGCGCCGCUAGGUAUCUCCAAACUAGUCAGCGUAUUGACAGACGCGAGGGAGCCCGUACGGAACGAGGCCCUCGUGUUGUUGAUCGCCUUGACCCCCGCAUCGGAGGAGCUACAAAAGCUUGUGGCAUUUGAAAAUGCAUUCGAGAUACUCUUCUCCCUCAUCGAAGCAGAGGGAGCAUUGACUCAUGGAAGCGAGGUGGUCGAAGAUUGUCUCUCGUUAUUGGCUCAGCUAUUGAAGUUCAAUGUCUCCAAUCAAUCAUUUUUCCGCGAGACCGGUUGCGUGAAAAGAGUCACCCAACUCCUUCACGAAUGCCAACAUGAGCCAGAAGACAAUGCAUCAACGCCAGAAUGGACCCUGAUCCACCGAGACAAGAAUGUUUGGGGCCUAUUGGCUAUCAUUCAAUUGUUUCUGAUUCGCGGUGGGGUGAGCACACCUAUCAACCAGACGGUAUUCUGGCAAAAUGGCGUAACAGAACAAGCCCUAAGCAUUGCGUUUGGUCAAAAGUUUAGUGUCAACGUGACAUCUAAGGCUUUAUCGACCUGUGCCGACCUAAUCCGUGGGAACUCACCGCUGCAAGAGAGAUUUGGUGACAUUGAAGUCUUGUGGGGCUCUUACCCAGGCAGCGACACGGCUACCAACGGCCAUGUGAAUGAACCCCUACGAAUCAAUGUGAUUGAAGCAUUCCUGAAGCUCAGUCUUGAGCCUGCCCCGAACAGCCUCUUGGAUGCACGACUUGCUGCGUGCGAGUGUAUGAAGGCAUUUUUCGCUCAACAUUCUGGUAUCCGUAUGCAUGUACUCCGACGAGCGAUUGAAGGGCAUACCAGUGGACAGGAUCGAAUCCCGAAUAUUCUAUCUGUUUUGCUUGUUGCUCCGGAAGCGCGAGGAAACGCUGAUCCGUAUCAAGUGUGGAUGGCUUCAGUCUUGAUGUUCCAUCUGCUGUUUGAUGAUGCCGAGGCGAAGGCAGAGGCUAUGCGGGUCACCGAAGGCGAUGCUGAAAGCGGCGAAGAAGUGGUCACCAGUGUCCAAUUCGUGAUUGGGAAUCUGAUCACUGGCUUGCAACGCGGAGACGAUGAAAGAAUCACAGUUGGUUAUCUCAUGUUGCUUUGCGGAUGGCUCUUCGAAGAUCCUGAUGUCGUCAAUGAUCUUCUUGGAGAGGGCAGCAGCAUUCAGACCUUGUUGCAGGAAAUUAAGCACCAGCGUGCUCCGAGCAAAUUGGUCCCUGGCCUGUGCACAGUGUUGUUGGGUAUCAUUUAUGAGUUUUCUACCAAAGACUCCCCGAUCCCUCGUAUCACGCUUCACAAACUGCUCCUUGAACAGCUUGGGAGGGAACAGUACAUUGACAAAAUAACAAGGCUUCGAGAAUGCCCAUUAGUUCGCGACUUCGAGGUUCUUCCCCAAACUGCCGGUGGUCAGCUCGAAGGUGGACUGCCGGAGGUAUUUUUCGAUCGUGCGUUCGUUGACUUCCUCAAAGACAACUUUAGCCGAGUGCUUCGUGCCAUUGACCGCGAACCCGAGUUUGAGAUUUCCGUUGUUACGAAUGGCGUUGAAAAGGGCAUUUCACGUGAGCUUGUCGAUACAUUGCGUGCAGAGAUUGAAGAUCGAACCCAAACCCUUCAGAAAUUGGAGACAGAUCUCAUUAGUAUGCAACAAAAGCUUGACCAAGAACAACUGGAUCACCGAAAGACAAAGGAAUCCAGCACGGUAGAGUUGUCAAAGAUCCAACAGACCCACCAGUCUCUACAACACACCCAUGCACAAGAAUUAUCGCAGCAAUUAUCAAAGCUCGAAGACCAACAUAAGAAUCACAAAAACGAAUUACUGAAGCAGCAUGGUGAUCAGCUCCGUGCCAUCGACAAUCAACUCAAGGAAGUUUCGGCGGAUUCUGAGAGCAAGAGCAUCAAAGCGAAAGAGGCAAGAGAGCAACAUGAGCAAGAAGUUGGUGGUCUACAGCAAAAGAUCCGUGGCUUGGAAGCAGAGCUUUCUCGCAUUCGGGAACAACAUACCAGAGAAGUCUCCAAUCUCAAUAAGAAACUCCAGGAGUCGCAAAAUGCCAUCAAACAAGCCAAGAAUGCCCAUGGUGAGCAAGUUACUAAGCUUGAGAAAAAGAUUCAAGAUCUUGAAAGCACUGGGAAGUCCCACAGUGGUCAAGUCGAUAGCCUCAGCAAGAAAAUUCAAGAUCUUGAAAGGACUGAAAAGUCCCACAGUGGUCAAGUUGAUGGCCUCAACAAGAAGAUCCAGGAGUUGGAAACCUCGAUCGCCCAAUCUAAGGAGACCCACAGUGGACAGGUGAUUGAUCUUGAAAAGAAGAUCCAAGAACUUGAAAACACCAACAAGGCCAAGGAUGAACAGGUUGCUGAUCUCAACGAGAAAUUGCAGAGCCUGGAAUCUACAUUAGCUGGAAGCAAGAAGCAGCACGAGACGGCAGUCGCUGAUUAUAAAAGCAAGCUCAAAAGCUUGGAGUCCGAUCUCUCUGCAGCCAAGCAGCAAAAUGAGACUGAAUCCGCUGGCCACAAGGAUAAAGUUGGAACCCUAGAGUCAAAUCUCGCCACAGCCAAGAAAGAACACGAAGCUCAGAUCGCGACACUGAAGCAAUCUGUUACGGCCCUUGAGUCAGAUCUUGCCAAGGCUCAGAAAUGUAGCGAUGAUCUCGAGAGAGCCCAAGAAGGCGCCACAUCCCGGACCACCGCUUUGGAAGCACGAGCCAAGGAGGCUGAGGAAAAGGCCAAGGAGGCUGAAUCACGCGCUCGCAGUGCAGCUGAAGCCCUCAAAAGUCUCCAGGCCCAGCUUGACAAGGCUAAUGCGGAAUCCAAAGAAAAGGAGGAGGCUCGCCAGUCUGCUCAAUCUGAACUAGAAGACCUGCUGAUCGUCUUUGGAGACCUAGAGGCUAAGCGAAUGGAGGACAAGAACCGUUUGAAGGAGCUCGGAGAAGAAGUCUCAGAGGCCGAGGAUGACGACGAUGAUGAUGAGGAUGAGGAUGAGGAAGAUGAGUGA